AUGGCGAAUGGAUCAUCAGCUGCUUCCUUGGAUGGCACCGUCAGUGGUGCAGCUGCAGUACGGAAGUCAAACAGCGGCGGCGAUGAUGUCGCCGCUGCGGUAGCGGCUGAAGGGGAGACGGCGGCAGUAGCAGCACGAGGACGCCUGGAUGGCCAUCGGCGACGGCUGCAGCAGGCGAAAACCUGUGGGUCGUACACUGUCUGUCCCGCUGCGGACGCAGCAGCACGGUUCCUCGCGGGUCCCGGUGUGGUCACCAGCAACGCGGUUUUCAGCACGGGCACUUGCAAAACCACCGUUGAUAGCGUCGUUAGCAGCGUCGUGCCGCCUCAGCAACAGUGGGCCCUCAUUCCGAACAACGCCACGUGGACGCCUGGGCACGCCAUUCAGUCGUUCUUCCCUCAGGGUUCGCUCGUGCUCAGCACUGGAAGCGUUCAAACAGUCAACUGUAACUUCAACUCCCGCACCUCCACCUCUACCGUCAUCGACGGCGGCCUCGACGGCGACGCCGACCUAGAUGCCAUAGCGCCAGGUCAGCUCUUGUACGACACUGUCGUACUUGAAUUCGAUGUCACCUUUAACGCCAGCGGCGCUUUCACCAUGACGUACAUCUUCGCAAGCGACGAGUACAACGACUGGGUCGGUUCAUCCUUCGCUGACGUAUUGGGCGUGUUUGUUUCGCCUGCAAACCGCGCCAGCGACAACGCCAGCUCCGGAACCACAAACGUGGCAUUGGUGCCGGACGCCAACGUCCCGAUCCUGGUCAACACCGUCAACGCGGCCGCCAACAACUUCACGUGGAUCAGCAACCCGGCUGACGGCUUCACACGGCGGCUGUUGACUAAGCCGUACAACGUGGUUGCGAACCAGUCGUACCACAUCAAGCUGGCCAUUGCGGAUAUGGGUGACCAGAUGGUGGAUUCUUGGGUUUACUUUGGAGGAGCCAGUCUGAGGCUCGUUCCCAAGUUAAUCGAUUCCUUCGACGUCGCGGUUCCCAGCGAGAACGACUGCAGCACGAAUAAGUUUGUGAACCUAACGGCUAAGUCAGCCGUGACGGGAGCCCAGCCGGUGUUUACCUGGACCUUGACUGCUGCCGUACCUUGCAUGCCGGCCAUCAGCAAGACGGGGCCUUCCUUGCGGGUGCCCAUUGGAGAUUUUAUCGAGGGCUUUGCGUACACAGUGAAGCUCACCGCGUUCUGGAACGGCUUUUGGGACGUGCAGUACAAGACGGUUACCAUACCGUCAGGUUGCGGAGCCGCCAACCAACCCAACUGCGUUGUGAGCGGCAUCGGCGGCAACAACACGGUAGAAGCCACGCCUGCUCGGCCAACUGUCACAGUGCCCACGAUGGCCACGCCGCCAAAUGGUGGUACGGCAGUCGUCACAUGGGGCGGUACGGCAAUCGUACCCUGCCAGGGUUUCCUCGCAAUCGAACCCCGCGGCAUCAACGUCACGGCAUUGCUGAAGGGUCUUAACGUGCCGGCGGCCAGCUUCACGUGGGGUCUGUACGACGUCCUGGAUCCAGAGCUGUCGUCUCCGAUCGCAUUCGCUGCGACAAGCUACAUCCUGGGGAACGACCUGUCUAGCUCCGUCGUUAGAUUUAGUGCGGCCAACGAGCUGCGGCAGGGUACGGCUGUACAGCGAUACAUGGUCCGUCUCCAUGUGGGCACACAACCUCGCUGGCCAGAGGAGCUCGGAGGAUGGGGUGGCGGCGUGGGCAGCUUCGCGCCCGGCCAGACCUGGGUCCAAGUCAACGCCUGCCCCGUCAGCGCCACCACGAGGGAGCCGGCCACUUUCGCUUUCAAUAACGUGUCCCCGCUGGACCCCAUAACUCUGCGCUGCGCUGCCGCCGUAAAGCUGGACGGCUCGGUGCCGCGUGCACGAGCCGAACAGCUCAACAAUCCCAAACGCCCCGGGAGGUUCACCUCGCUCAUUUGGCUGGUGCAGCUGACUGGACCUCAGAGCAUGGAGUGGCGGCAGGAGGUUUCAACUUCGGACACCUUGUACGUCUUCGACCCGCUAAAGCUGCUUGUAAAUGCUGGGCUACCGUACGACACGUACAGCACCUUUAUUGUGGAGGCUCAGGCUCGAGCCGUCACAGGCGACUUGCUGACGGACUCCAAGUGGCGGAUCAAAGUACUUGUGAUGGCGUUCUACUCCGAUUCUAAAAUCCCUCCUGGCUUCCAGGCCCCCGCGGGCGGCGCGCUGCUGCCUGACGAGCAAACUAUCAACGAAUUUGUGUCGCAAUUCAAGGCCAGUGCGUCCAGAGCUCUCGGCUUCUCUCCCAGCCAGAUCUUUAUCCUCUCGAUGGGGGUCCAGGAUACCGCCGUAGCCAUCAUGUCUCGAAGGUUGGCGGAGAGGCAACAGCCGCAUGCGGAGGAGGAUAGGAACAGUCGUACGGAUGCCGUACAAGGCGGCAACGAAUCCCUUGAUGGAGGAUUUUGGUCUAGCAGGGAGCUGGAAGAGCUGGCGCCUGGAUCCGGUAUGGAAAUGAUGUUCGAGCGCAGCCAGGCCACGGUUUCGGAGGUGUACGGCAAUGGGAAAAGUGAGGAAGACGCUGUACUUGAGGCGACCAACCAGGAGCGUGAAGCCCUAAGUGCUUUCCGCAGACGAACAUGCAAGGUGCUUAUUAGUAAUGUAUAUGAAUACAGGAAGGCGAUCGUAAUCGGCGCACAUCUCUCCGUCAUUUUUAAUGUGAUGGAGAUCCGCCCGUUUGCGUCGCCGCCGCCGCCGCCGCGGCCGCCGCCACUUCCUCCAGGCACCUCCGCGCCACCGUCGCCGCCGCCGCGGCCGCCGGGCUGGCCGACGCUGCGACUCGGCGCCCUGGCGGACGCAAUCGGAUCCUCAAGCUUGUUCCGCCUGGCCGGAAGUGAGAGCAUCCUCGUCAGCCGCGUGGUCGGCGCCGGCACUGUGGGCGCUACAAGACCUGUGGUGUGGUUCGAUGAUCCAGACUUCCUCAGCCUGCGGGAGACAGAGACCAUACUCAACUUGGUGUACCCUAACGCGCUCACGUGUCCGUACACGAACGAAUGCGGGGAGUGCGGUACAGGCUGGACAAUAGAACGGGAUCCGUACAAGCUGUACAUCUACUUCAAGGAUCCGAUCCAGAUCACAAAUAUCGAGAUCCGGGAGCUGCAAAAUCCUGCCGUACAGCUGAUUGCGCUGCUCCCCUGGCCUGCCGUGGACGAAAACCUCUUCGCUCGUACCGACAUUCUGGGCGAGCCCAUCUACAUGGAUGACGGCACCACUAGACCCUGUCCAAGCACGCUCUCUGUGGAGAUCCCUCCAGAGCGCAGCGGCAUCAACCUGGCUGUACGGAAGAACGGUACGCAGGAGAAUCUGCCCAAGGCGCUGCGCAGCUCCGCCGCUGGUGGCGUCUUCAUCAACUUCUGGAUCGCCACACAGUUCGAGGCAGUCACGAUCGUCGAAUCGGUACGGUUCUCCGGUCGCGUGUUGUACCCUAAGGAUCCGCAAAUGUACUCGAAAAUGACGGAUCUGUCGAAGAAAUGA